UCCUCAUCUUCCUCCUCCUCCUUCACUUGUUCUCCUCUGCUUUUUCAUUUGACUCCAUCCCCCAUUCCUCUCCCUCCUCUCCCGAAUCAAGCAACCCAGCUUCCUGUUUACGAUCGUGUUUUCAUUGCCGUUUCUAUUUCCAGUCCAAUACCGUACUCGUUGAUCCAUAUCGAAUAAACAUGCAGCUCCCCGCCUUCCUCCCCAUCCUCCUCCUCUCCGCCCUCGUUGGUGUCCAAGCCUCACCACUGGCCGUUUUGCCCUACACCACCACAAGCCCGAGCUCCACGCCCAGCGUAGGGCCGCCCACACGGACACGGCCGACCUCCUUCGCCGGCCCCUCGGCCACGCCCCUCCGCGUACCCGCAGGCCUAAAACUCCGAGCCGCAGCCGCGGCCGCGGCGCCAGACCCGCAAGAAACGUGCGAAAACUCGGGCACCGGCAACACGGGAUGCAACAACAGCGGCAUCAACAACACGGGGACCAACAACUCCGGGAUCAACAACUGCGGCACUGGGCAGUCGGGGAUCGGCGAGGGGUGUGAUGACGACGACGAUAGCACCGUCACUUUCGUCGGUGUUACCACCACUGUCAACGGCGGGGCUGUGGUCAUUGCCGCUGCCGCGACGAAUACAGACGCUACGGUUUAUACCACCAUUCUGACUGGCGCUACAAGUACUGUCACCCUGAUCGGUGAUGGAAGGAACCGAAGGGUCGAUUGUGCCUACUGGGAGGCUCAGGGGUACGUUUGCUCCGGGGCGGUCGGGAAGAGCGUCAGCUUGCUCGCGGUGGCGCUGGCGGCGGUGGUGACGGGGGCGUGGCUGGUGGUUGGAUGAUUGCUCAAUUGCUUCACGACUCUAAGGUGGUGAUGGUGGUGAUGAUGCAUUUCUUUGAUUUCUUUGUUUCUAUUCACUCUACGGCGUUGGGUUGGCAUACUUAGAUCUGGGCUGGGGUUUUUUUCUGAUGAUGAUGAUGAUGAUGAUGAUACGGGGAUACGAGGACAUGGAUAGCUGCAUGUAUUCUUCAGGAUUACGAACGAUGAUGAUGGGACUUCAUAUGUAUUUAGCAUGCAAAACAAACAAGCAAAAAUAUCUUGACAGGAG